AUGCAACAAUUGCUCCAUGUGGCAAUUCGUUCUGUUUUGGAGAAGCCUGCAAGGUAUGCAAUAACUCGUUUGUGCUUCUUCUUCAAUGCUAUAUGUGCAAAGACUGUUGAUGUUUCCAAGCUAGAUAAGUUGGAAGAAGAUGUAGUAGUUACUUUGUGUUUGCUUGAGAAGUACUUUCCCCCUUCAUUCUUUGAUAUCAUGGUUCAUCUAGUAGUACAUCUUGUCAGAGAAGUUCGUCUGUGUGGGCCAGUAUAUUUUAGAUGGAUGUAUCCGUUUGAAAGAUAUAUGAAAGUGCUAAAGGGGUAUGUUCAGAAUCGUACUCGUCCCGAAGGUUGCAUUGCUGAGCGGUAUAUACCUGAAGAAGCUGUAGAGUUUUGUACCGAGCAUUUAUCUGAUGUUAGUACAGUUGGAGUGCCUUCAAGCCAAAAGAUGGGAGUUUCAAAGCCAUUAUCAGGUUGCACAGUGAGCGUAGUUGAUCGGGACCUGUUGAACCAAGCACAUCUAUAUGUCUUGGAGAAUACGGAGGAAGUCCUACCUUAUAUCGAGCAACAUAUGAUCCACAUCCAGACCGCUUAUCCAAAAUUUAGAAAGAGAACAAAGUGGCUGCAGGAUAAGCACAAUAGCACUUUCAUUCAAUGGCUACGCUUCAAGGUUCAAAGUGAACUUAAUGAGGACAAUCAUGGCGUAUCAGAAAAUUUAAGGUGGCUAGCAGCUGGUCCAAACAUGGCAGUGCCAUUAUAUAGGAGCUAUCUCAUUAAAGGUAUUAAAUUCAACAUCAAGGCACAAGAUGAUGUGCGGACAACUCAAAAUAGUGGAGUUUAUUUACUUGCACAUACUAUGCAAGUUGCUAGUGCCAAGGAUAAAAACCCAAUUCUCUCAAAUAUGGGUUUCUAUGGUGUCAUUCAAGAAAUUUGGGACCUUGACUACCAAAAGUUUACAAUCCCAGUCUUUAGGUGUGAUUGGAUUGAUAAUACUUCUGGUCUUGUAGUGGACGAACUUGGAUUUACCCUUGUAGAUUUGAGUAAAAUUGGACAUAGGAAUGACCAAUUUGUUUUGGCUUCUCAAGUCAAACAAGUAUUUUUUGUUGACGACCCGAUGCAUCGUGGUUGGUCGGUAGUGUUAUCAAUGCCUAAUAGAGAAUAUAAUGAUGUUAUUGGUGAUGAUGUCUUAGGUGAUGUGAGAAUUGAGUGUGAGCCAUUUACUAGGGGGAUGCCAAAUGUUGACACAUUUGAUGAAAUGGUGGUUGAGUUAGGGAGUCAAAAUAUUCGAGAUGGGUGUGAAGAUAUAUGGGUUGAAUGA